AUGCUCCUUUUUCGGCAGCUCGAGACACCCGAAAAAGAAGGAAACUUCCUUGGCCUUUAUCGCAUCGCUUCCACCGGUGCUCCCUCGGCACCCAGGCCCCCAUCAUCCACUUCUGCCACCACACAGUGCCAGGCAAUUGCCCUCUCCACUCCAGUGCCACUUCAGUGCCAGCGUGCCACAAGGUUGAGCUACAAGUGCCAGUGCCAGCAACAGUCUACACACUCACCAAGCGAAGACCAGGCCUCCACAAACAACUCAACGCAGCAUGCCCAGGAAUACUACCCCUAUCCCCCACAACCCCACAGUGUCUCAGUGACGUGUUCCAUAGUGCCGCGAUGUCUUUCCCGCCCCUCCACAGUGACCAGGAUUGAACUCCCUGUCCCAGUGUUCCCUCUUACCCUCCCCUUCCCCACCCCAAACCCCCCACCCUCCCACCCCCACCCCCCCUACCCUCCCACCCCCACCCCCACCCCAACCCCCCCACCCCCCACCCCCCUCGUCCCAGUGUUUCUGCCCUAG